CCGAUAACCUGAUGUUGAGACCGAGUCACCAAACCCAAAAAAAGGAGAAUGGGGUCCAAGACGGAACGCCGAAGUUGCAGGCGGCGGCUCAGAGGCGGUGGCUGGCCUUUUAUCCUAAGGUAGAUCCUUUCGAUCUCAAUGACUAUAGAUAUGAGGGCCCUAGACUUCUGGGGUUACCCCCUCAGGUACAAACAAGUAAUGGAAUUGUCAAGUUCUUUGCAUUUGAUUAUAAUUUUCUUUCUUUCUAUUCUGUUUUUAAACGAUUUCUAUUGAAGGGUUUUUUUCCAAGUCAUCAAGCAUUGACUUUGUCUUGCUUCUGGAAGAGCAUACCAUUCCAGCCCCUCAUCACUCAUCAGAGACGAUAGUAUUAAACUCACUAGUGGGUUAGGAAAUUAGAAUAUGAUUUAUUCAAUUACCAGUAGGUGACUUCUCCGUGUAGCAAUUAAUAAGAUAGAGAGAAAACAGAGACAGAGGCAUUAAUUGUGUGGUUUUUCUCCAUUGAAUAUUUCAAAGCUGACUGACUAUAUAUGAAUAGAGACGACUUGGUGACUUGGUGUUGGCCCAACUAUAUUACAAAGUUUACAUUACUAGCCAGCACGCUCAUUUCUCAUUUUCGUUACUGGUGAUGAGCUGAUUCCUGAUCAUUGAACCUUCCUAGCUAGCUAAUAUGAAUUCCUUUGUGCUUUUUCAGUCCUCUUUGAUUCCUCUGCUUUUGAUCACUUCCUUUCUGUCCAUCAAUUUUCGAUUAAGUGUGUGCGCCGAUGAUGCAUAUGCUAACUGCAGCCAACCUAUUACCUGCAGAGGUGUCAAAACCAACAUCUUCUACCCCUUUUGGGGAGCAAACCGAGCCGAAUACUGUGGCAAAUCUGGGUUCGAGGUCACAUGCCAAGACAAUGUCUCGAUGAUCAGCAUGCAGAAAAUCAAUUUCACAAUUCUUGACAGCACUAGUACACCAACUCCGACUGUGAAAGUUGCAAGGCAGGAUUAUUUGGGAAAUCUCUGUCCUAACUCAAGCCUCAAGUCUCCUGUUAACACAAGCCUCAACUUCUCUCUGUUUGAUUACACACGUUGGACUAAAAACGUGUCUUUUUACUACGGAUGCACUUCGACUGUAACUGCAGCGUUGUCAAAGUUAGGAUAUAAUAUUUCUGGUAUCUCGCUUGAAUGCAAUUCUGAAGUCAACGUUACCUUUCUCACAGAGACGCAAACUGCUAAGCUUCCGGAUGCAUCUGCCUUGGACUCCUGUCGACAUGCGGUUUUGGUUCCGGUGUCUGCGGUAGCUGCUGAUAAACUUGACAACAAUCAAACAUCAACUAUCUGGGAUGCGAUAUUUGGUGGUUUUGAAUUGAAUGUGCAGAAUGAUGAUACUGGUCUUUGCAACAAUUGCGUGGACUCAGGAGGAUCUUGUGGGCAAGACACUACUAAUGCUCAGUUCAUUUGCUAUUGCUCGAAUUUAACUUCAACAGGCACAUGUACUUCCGGUUCAUCAUCAGGUUCAAGUUCAAGAUCACUCGGUUGGAUAAUAGGCCUCUCGGCGGGUGCUUUUGGAACCAUCAUACUCAUUGCUGGCUGCAUACGCAUAUCAAGGAAUAGAGAUAUAUGCAUAUCGAGGAAAAGAAUAUUGGUCUUCUUCAAGACAGAUGAAAGGGAUGAAUUUGAUAUCGAGGCAUUUAUAAGAAAUCAUGGAUCCCUGAGUCCAAAGCGGUACCAUUAUUCAGAUCUGAAGGAAAUGACGAACUCAUUCGAAGAUCAGAUCGGUAAGGGUGGAUAUGGCACAGUAUACAAAGGAAAGCUACCCAAUGGCCUUGUGGUGGCAGUGAAAAUCCUAAGUGAAUCGAAGGGCGAUGGAGAAGAAUUUAUCAAUGAAGUUGCUAGCAUUGGUAGAACUUCGCAUGUCAAUAUAGUGACUCUUGUGGGAUUUUGCUAUGAAGGGGAGAAAAGAGCUCUCAUAUACGAGUGCAUGCCUAAUGGAUCGUUAGAUAAAUUCAUACAUUAUAAGCAAGGCUCUUCAGAUGAAAGUUGCCGCUUGGAAUGGAAAACAUUAUUUGAAAUUGCAGUUGGCAUUGCUCGUGGACUAGAAUACUUGCACCGUGGUUGUAACACAAGAAUUUUACAUUUUGACAUAAAGCCACAAAACAUUCUUCUGGAUAAAGAUUUUUGCCCAAAGAUAUCUGAUUUCGGCCUUGCCAAACUAUGCAUGACGAAGGAAAGUAUUGUAUCGAUGCUAGGGAUGAGAGGAACUGCAGGAUACAUUGCACCAGAAGUGUUUAAUCGGAACUUUGGAGGAGUAUCUCAUAAGUCUGAUGUUUAUAGCUAUGGGAUGCUAGUUCUUGAAAUGGUGGGUGCAAGAAAGAAUUUGGAUUCAGAAGGGUCACAUACCAGUGAAAUGUUUCCACAUUACAUAUAUAAAGAUCUAGAGCUGGAGAAUGAGAUUAUAUGUGGGGAAAUAACAGAGGACGAGAGCAAAAUAGCAAGAAAGAUGAUAUUGGUAAGUCUUGGGUGCAUUCAGACCAGUCCAUCUGAUCGACCAUCAAUGAGCAAAGUGGUAGAGAUGUUGGAAGGACCUCUUCAUUCCUUGCCAAUUCCACCAAAGCCUCUCUUAUUUUCUGAAGAAGCAUCUGCAUCCAUGUCCCAACCAUCUGAAACUGGCUAAUAAGCCAAUUACUUGUAUUGGAUGUUAUCUAUAACUAGGAACUGCUGAACUUGUGUUGCAAUGGAACAGUUCGUUAUUACAAGUGACCUGGUAAACCACUAUGCACUUUUUGUUUGGUAUAAUUGCCAAUGUGUUCCCUGAAUUUGGUCGUAAUUGUUGAUUUGCAACUCGAACUUGCAAUUGCGAAAACUAACACCUUUGGCACACAUUGUCAUUACACACGCAAUUGCAAUUUGUGGAUCGCCUUAUAGUAAGGAAUGCAUGUAUAUUUCCCAAUUUUCAUA